AUGAUUACCAAUGAUACGGAAGUAGAGGAAAGUGGUGAUCCUGAAGAUCAGGAUCCUGUAACUGUUCUGUCUAUAUUACUAGUUGGAGUCUUCCUGUCGUUACUAAUAUUCCUCUCAAUCGCCGGCAACAUUUUAGUCUGCGUUGCCAUAUACACAGAUCGUGGACUUCGUAGGAUAGGAAACCUUUUUCUAGCAUCACUAGCAAUAGCGGACCUUUUUGUGGCCUCAUUAGUAAUGACGUUCGCUGGAGUCAACGAUCUCCUGGGAUAUUGGAUAUUUGGAGCGCAAUUCUGCGAUACAUGGGUGGCUUUUGACGUAAUGUGUUCCACGGCGAGCAUACUAAAUCUUUGCGCCAUCUCCUUAGAUAGAUACAUACAUAUUAAAGACCCCCUAAGGUAA